CCGGGAGAUGCUGAAGGCGGCCUACGCCGAGGAGGAGGCGGCCGGGGACCACGCGACAUGCCUGUCCAUCGGUUGUCUUCUCACCUAGAUGGACUUCCACCGCAACGUUCCCCACGAAGAAACCACGGAGUUUGGCCCCAAGUCCUUCACCUACGGGCCCGUGCCGUUCGAGGCCAAGAGCGACGACACGGCGCAGGUCUACUCCGUCACCGUGAAGGGGAUCAAACCGGAGCUCGGGUUCCAGUGGCCGCUCGAUGUGUACGGCUUCGUCGCGGUUCGGGACAACCUAGAUUGCAAGCGGAACAUCAUCUUCCGCCGCGACAGGAACAACUGCCAGAGGCUGACUGCGGAGGACUCAGCCUUGGUGUUAACUGGUCCUAACCGUGCUGUGCUUGCGGAAGAUAUUAUGAACUUUGAGGUCGAACUAAGAGUCAAGGGUAGUAGGGAGUCCGAAGACAAAAUCCUAAGCUUCCUGGUCAUUGAGCAAAACUGUAUUUUGGCUACAUCUUCAUAUGGUAAGCUUUAUAGAGAGACACACACCAACAAGUAUUGCACGACAGAAUUGCUGUUCUCUCAACUUAGAGAUGCAGUGGAAGCAACAGUUGAUGUCAAAGUUGUGGAAGGGUCAUGGAGUCAGGAUUUCUGCCUACAGUUUAUUGCGCGCACUAAAAGUUUCCCAGAUGUUGAUUUUGUGCUGUUUGAUCCUCGAGGAGGCAUGGUGGUGAGUGAUGAAGGUGUGAUCCAACUUUCUCGGUCAGUCGUCACAGUGGAAUCAGACGGUGAGCUCCAACUUACUGUAGAGGCUCGAGGACCUGGUAGCAGUGCAGUUGUUAUCAGUGAUACAGUGAGCCUUACUCCAAAAAGAUUUGGCACAACAGAUGAGUGUUUAAACGUUGGGUUCUGCAAGAUGGAGGUCUGCGUGUCCUGGUCACUUCUCUUACCAUUUUUCUAAGAUAAUCCAGAAUGUUCCUCGGGCUGCAGCUUUGGAUUCGUCUAAGUUUAUUAUCUACAGCAUUCCUGUAAUAGAAGUGAUGAGUUAUGACCUUGUAAUGCAGUUUCUUCAGUGCUAGCUGCUACUUGUAGUUUGUAAUCGACAUGACUUUUCUGUCCCUUGGCAUUUUCCUAACAACUCCUAUAUUAUCCUCGUAUCCUGAUGUUACUGGUGUUUACAAAAAUUUACUAUGUAGCUUUGGAUGACAUUAUGCUAAUAAGUUUUUGUAAAUCA